AUGGACACAGACACAGGCAUGCACCAAAACCAACACAACAACCAACAGUUCAAAAUCCAGCACCACAACAACAACCAAAACCAACAGUUCAAAACCCUGCACAACAACCAACAGUUCAAAACCCUGCACAACAACAACAACAACCAAAACCAACAGUUCAAAACCCUGCACAACAACAACCAAAACCAACAGUUCAAAACCCUGCACCUGCACCACAACAACAACCAACAGUUCAAAACCCUGCACAACAACAACCACAAACAGAGCAAGGACAUAAAAGAAGUAGAGAAAAAGGAAACCAAGAAUUCUUAA